UUAUGACCAAGAAUAUGUGGCGCACAUGCACAUGUUAUGCCGCUGCAAAAUUAUUAUUAAAACACUUCUAAAAGCUAUCAAUGAAAAAAGUUGAUAAAUAGUCAUUUUUCAUCUAGUAAUGGCGAAAAAGUCGAAUAUCAACUGUUUUUGUGUCUUCAAUUAGUAUUCAAUGUUUCUUAAUUCGUUUUUAUGAAUCUUUGCAUUCAUUUUUAUUAAAAUAGGUUGUCAGAAGCACGGGUCAGAAGUUGGGUCAGAAGCAUGUCCCUUUAUGUAAAAAAACUGCUGUAGUAUAAGUCGUCUGCUUCCGCCAGGUCGGAAUUGUGAGGUCAAGUCAAGGUACUGCAGUUUUGAUCUUUGAUUUUCCUGCAAGAAAACCAUGACGGUGGAAGAUAUGAUAAAAGCAGGACGCAGACUGUUUGAGGGCAAUGUUUCGUCCCGGCGCGCUCUGUUCCUGCUGCUCGUUAUGUCGGCGCUGGUGCUGUACGUGGGCCCGGGCCUGCUGCGCUGGCUGAUGCGGCCGCCGCCGCCGCGACUCUCCGUGCCGCUGCCGAACGUCCACACGUCGUCGGACGGCGCGCCGCAGUGCAUCCCCGAGCGACUGUACCCGUUCGAGGCCGAGCUCGGACGGCUGGACUCUGUGGUGUCGCGCGUGCCGCCGCAGCCCGGCGACCACCAGCACCUGCCCUACGUCGGCAACGGGUUCGUGGCGCUGGCGGCGCGCGCCGACUCGCCGCUGUACCUGCGCGACCAGCGCACGCUCAACGUCAGCGUGCCGUUCCUGGCGGUGGUGAGCGCGCGACUUGAGGGCGCCGCCGCGCCGCCGCACGAGGCCGUUCUGCUGCAGUACGCCGGCGGCGUGGUGCAGCGGCUGCAGUGCUACCCCCUGGCGGAGCGGUCGCUGGACGUCACGUACAAGUACCUGGCCCACCGGAUCUCGCCCGGAGUGCUGGUCCAGGACAUCAAGGUGCGCAACCCGACCGAGACGGACCACAUGCUGGAGCUGCAGCAGCAGGGCGUCUUCCAGUGGGAGGGAGCCACCGUCCGACACGACAGGGUCGUGCACGGCCAGGACAGCCACCCGUACGUGGUGGUGACGGGCGUGGUCCGCACACAGGACCUAAAGUUCAUCGGCGUCGUGGUCGUGUCGUCCACUGUGCCGGGCAGCGUCGCGGUGAAGGCCUCCAGCCUGGCCUCUGUGCGGAUCAUCACCUCGGUCAACUACACCGAGCCGGUGGCCAGCGACCAGGAGGCGCGGCAGGGCAUCGGCCGGCUCGGCCUGGAGCGCGCCGCCGUCUCGGCGUACACUGAGGCGGUGUCAGAGGACCCCAGUCGGCUGCUGAGCGCCCACGUCGAGGUCUGGCGCCGGCUCUGGACCUCCGGCUUCUCCAUCUCCCACUCGCUGGCCGAUGACGUCAUCAACGGCGACGUCAUCAACGCCACGCUGUACUACGUCAUGAGUCAGGCGCGCGCGCCCCUGCACGAGAAGACGACGGACGUGGCCAGGCUGCAGGAGCACGCCGCCUACCUACAGUACACGGAGGGAUGCUUCGGCGACAAGCUGCACAGUCUGCAGGCGCGCCGGCUCUGGUCGCCGCUGCAGACGGUCGCAGACGUGCUCGAGACGGCCAACCUGUGGCUGCUACUGCUCGAGAAAAAGGGCUGCCACAACAUGCUGGGCGCGGGCGCCGACGGCGUCAUGCAGGCGAUGAUCCUGAGUAUGGGCGCGCUCAAGUUCUCCAACCAGCACCUCGAGUUCGGGAUGGAGCCCAAGGAUAUGCACAGAGACUACGUGUUCAGGCGGGUGAACUUUGGUAACGCCACUCACGUGACGAUCCGCGUGGCGGUGGACGACAACAACAAGGCCAACCUGUUCGUGUCGCUGGACCGCAGCGACCGCUCCUACUUCGGCUGCGACGCCGGCUGCCUGGACGCGCCCGUCAAACUGGGUCCGGAGCCGACCCGUUUCCCGGUGAAGCUGACCGACCCGCCGACAGCGGUGCUCUACAUCACCCCCGAUUGGCAGCACCUCGAGGAGCUCAAGCACACCAUCCACGUGAAGGAGGUCAGCCUCGCGCCGGCACACGACCACCACCUGAUGGCGCUGCACCGGCACGGCCACGCGCUGGGCGGGCUGCCCACCUUCUUCUGGGUGACCAUCUUCCUGCUGAUCGGCGUGUUCCACCUGUUCCUCAUCAAACUCAUCAUCAACGAGUACUUUGGCGGCGACAAGACCUUCAGGACGCGAUCGUACCGCCGCUCCGGAUCGCAAAUACUCGGACUAUCGGUGAAGGUCCGCUGAGGCGAUGGGACCGCCUCCGACCCGCCUCGGGUCCCGUCUGGCCGCGCUGGUCCCGGCCGGCACCGCCGCCGCCGCCACCACUGCCGUGGCUCUCAGUAGGAUGAUACGAGGACGUACCACGGGCGUGGUGAACGGGCCGGCUGUGCUGUGGUGUCCGAGCGGCCGGUGAGCGCGCACCAGGGAGUGACUUGGUCAGUGGUCCGUGGUCGGCGGAGGACUGCUGUCGGAGGGACCGGAGAGGGGCGGUGGGGCCGCCGGCAGACCGCGGUCCGUCCCCUCCCUGCGGUCAGUGUGGGACGGCAGACCGCCGGUCCGUCCCCUCCCUGCGGUCAGUGUGGGACGGCAGACCGCCGGUCCGUCCCCUCCCUGCGGUCAGUGUGGGACGGCAGACCGCCGGUCCGUCCCCUCCCUGCGGUCAGUGUGGGAGGGCAGACCGCCGUUCGAUGGAAGAUGACGGUCAGUGAGCGUUCUGCCGACCGCCGGACCGUCUGACCGACCGCCGGACCGACACGGCGAUAGUGGCGGACGGGUGGGUGGGCAUCGAUUCACGUGAACCGCAGGAGUGUGUGGAACUAAGCUGCAUUAUAGUCGUGUGUUGUUAUUUAUGACGGUUACCGUCGGGUGUUACGAGCCAGUCCGUGUGAUUUGGGGAUAGUGGGUGAUCGGGUAAAGGGCAGUAGUGCGGUGAGGGUAACAGGGUGGUACAGCUGUACCAAUGGCAGCACGCAGUGUGGAUUGUGUGUGAUUGGCACAUGGAGGCGACUGGUCGCACUGUGCUGCCCCGGGCCCAGUGGACUGAUAACUGUGGACUGGUCGGGGUGGGGACCCGGCCCAGUGGACUGAUUACGGUCUGAUAACUGUCCGGUGGGGUCCGCGGCUGCUGGCCGGCCCAGUGGGCUGCCUAUCCGUCCGGACGAUGCCAGCCUUGAGCGCUAUGUGCUGGGUGAUUGUUUCUCCUGCGCCGUGUGAACUGCUCUGCGUUGGACAGGUAGGUAGCCUGUGUGUGGUGAAUACGCCAACCGGCGAAUGCCGGAUACUUAUUCCGCGCUUGGCGGAGAGCUAGCCCGCUUUGGGAGGAUAUUUAACAUAGUAGGCGACCAUUCCACUACGAUGGGUGGGCUAUGUUCAGGGGUGGACAAUUGUGCCGAGUUGGGGUAGCACGAGCCUUCCCAAUUCCACGCCGGAUGCGCCGGCUUGGCUUUGGAGUCGCACCAGACGGCGGAGGUCAAGGUCACCGCCAGGGCGGCGGCGGAUUGGCUGCGCCCGUGCAACCCCAACUCGGCAUAUUUCUCCACCCCUGGCUAUGUUACGGCGUUUGGGGAUAUCGCGUGUGACUGGCAGUAUUCCACUGCGCUAAGAGGCUAUGCGCCAUGCCGAGCAAACGUCUCCCACAUUAAGCCGGAUCGGCCCGGGAGGAGCGAUGUUCCCUCACUGGAGGACAGGACUCUCCGACCCGAGCCACAGCUGCGCCCGGCCCCAAUCCGUGCCUUGUGCCCCGAGCGCCGCGAUGUGAUAGCCCGGUGUGGUCCG